AUGGCCUGCGUGCACGGAGCAGGCUGGGCGCAGCCGCUUGUUGUGGAGGUGGACGGCGGGGGUGAGGAGCUUCUGCAUCGCCUUCACCCAGCGGUCGCCGGUCGUGGUGGCGAUUGCUCGGCUGCCGCAGGCAAGCCCCAGCGCUGGCACCGACCCGAGCGGGAGACUGCGGUCGGCCGCGGAGAGCUGGUAGUGCUUGCCGCAGCGCUGCCCGAUUGUGAGGCUGCUGGCGUGGUGUGCCACCGGCGGCACAGCAAUGGCAACCGCGACGGCCCACAGCUUCCCAACGGCAGGAGCGAUGAGUCGGAAGGCGAUCAAGACAACGUCGCCCAGCUAGAAGGCGCAGUUGCCAACGGCACGGCGGAAGGGAGCAGUGCAGGCGAAUCGGACGCCGGCGUGCUGCGUGUGUCGCGCUUCUUUGCCGAGGAGCACCACCUCGCAUCGGGCGAUCGCGUUCAGCUCAAGCCGCUCGCGAAGCAAGCGCUCACUCUCAACCGGGCAGUCCUGGUUGCGCGUACACAGCGCGCCUACCGCUUUGCCACCAAGAGAGAGAAGCUCUGGCGCAACCGGCUGUGGGAAGCUGGUGCCGGGCUGCCCGUGGCCGUGCGAGGUUCCGUGUUGCGGGUGCGGAGCGAGAUCUCGCUGGCGGACAAGAGCGCUCGCAAGGGGAAAGGAAAGAAGGGAAAGGGCAAGGCUAAAUUGGAAACCGACGAAGGAGAAGACGAGGAAAGAGACCAAAGCGAAUCUGACGACGACGACGAAGACGACGGAGUUGAUGGAUCAGCCGGCCCCACGUGGGAGGAAUACACCAUUGCCGACACUCGGCCGCUGCUGCAGGGCGUCUUGGACGCGACGCGCACACUCAUCGUCAUUCUACCUCCGACUGCGAAGAAGACCACCCCAUCCGUGGCCGCCUCCGCUCCUCUUCCUUCUUUUCGGCCAGACGCGCAACAUGUCGACAACUCAUCGGCCGCCCAGCAGCGACCAAAGCGGUCGCCGGAAUCGCCGCUCUUGCUCUCGUCCUUCAUUUUGCCAUCGUGCCGAUCGCUGCUCAGCUCCAACGUCUCGUCGGCCGAGCUCGACCGCAGCAGCAGCGACGACCUCAAGCCGGCCGUGCUGGAGACCUCUUUCUUGUCCCGACCAUUGACCACGCUUGAACCAGGGGCCGCGUGUCUUGGGUCUAACCUGUUGCUGCUGUCAGCGCCUUCGUGGAGGGACGAGAUGACCGAAGUCGGCCUCAGUCUAUUCACGUUGCGCCAGCUUCACCUCUUUUCCGGCAGCACGGUGGUUCUGAGCUCGGCCGAGUCGAAUCGCGAACGGCUGGCCCGCGCCUACGCGUUGCCGUCGGGCCAGGAAUGGGCCAACGAACGGCUCUACCUAUCGCCAAUUUUGGCCUACAACCUGGGCAUCACACACGGCGAGUCGGUCACUGUCCGGGAACAUUGCGCGGGAUGGACCGAGGCCCGAGCGGUGCACAUAUCUUUGGUUCGGUCGCCGGCAGCGUCGUUGGCGGCCGACUACGCGGGCCCGCUUCGACGUUUCUUCCGGUCGCCGCGUCUGCUGGCGCUGGGCGACCUCAUUCCGGUGGUCCUGCCUCCGCCCCGCUACCCCUUCUUGACACACAAGGGCGGCGACGCCAACGACGAUGAAGACCACGACGCCGACGAAGACGACGACGAUGAAGAAGAAGACGAAACCAGCGGCGACCAUGAUAACCGCGAGGGCGGCGUCGUCUACUUCAAGGUCACCCGAGUACUCCCCGAGGGCACCGCGUCGUUCUUCCGCGUGAGCCAGGAGGAGACCACGCUGGUGCAGGAGGGAGUCGUCAACUCCGCCUUCCCGCCGCUCGCUUCGUCGUACCUUCUGCCCGACGACAAGGACCCCGAGGCCCAACAGGGCGAAGGGUGGGAAGAGGUCGAGGAUGUGAUGCAAGCGUGCUUGGAAGGGCCGGCGGUGAACAUGGACCUCGGCUGCUCGAUCGUGGUCUACGGACCUCCGGCCAACGGCAAGUUCACGCUCGCGCGCUACUUGUCAACCAAGCUCGGCAUCCACCUCGUCACGGUGGACCUCUACGAUCUGGCGCGGGAUGGCCCGCUGUCCGAGGUGGUGUCGGGCCUUACCAAGGCCUUCCGGGAGGCCUGGGCCUGCCACCCGUCGCUUCUCCUCAUCCGCUCGCUCCACGCCCUCCGCUCCUCGGGUCCGUCCCACACCGAUGUAGCCGGCAGUGUCGCGAAGGAGUUGGCGGCCCUGGCCAAUGAGUACUGCGACGGCAAGGGCGGCAAGGUGGCCCUCCUGGGCACGGCCGAGCAGAUAGACGACAUUCCCGCGCCCAUCCGCGCCAUCUUCCGCCACGAGAUCAACCUACCAACUCCCGGCGUGGAAGUGCGUUUGCGCCAGUUGACGCGGCUGUUCGCCCGCACGCCGCUCGCGCCUGACGUCGAGCUGCCCGAUGUGGCGCGCAAGACGGCGUCCUUCGUGGGGCGCGAGUUGCGGUCGUUGCAUGCCCACGCCGCUGCGACGGCCCUCGCUCGGGCCGAUUCGCGGUGGGAGGCGCAGCGACGGGAGGCGGUUUGUGCGGCGGGCGUGGUGGUCACGGCCGAGGACAUCGAGGCGGGCAUCGACAAGGUCUCCUCGCACAGGGCGUCCAACAUCUCCGCACCCAACAUCCCCAACAUUCAGUGGGAAGACGUCGGCGGCUUGGCGCAUGUGAAGCGCGAGAUUCUCGACACCAUCCAGCUCCCGCUCAACCGACCCGACCUCUUUUCUGGCGACCUACGCAAGAGGUCCGGUCUGCUGCUGUACGGCCCUCCGGGCACGGGCAAGACGCUGGUCGCCAAGGCGGUCGCCACCGAGUGCAGCCUCAACUUCAUGAGCGUCAAGGGUCCCGAACUGAUCAACAUGUACAUCGGUGAGAGCGAGAAGAACGUGCGGGACACCUUCCAGCGCGCGAGGGACGCGCGGCCGUGCGUUAUCUUCUUCGACGAGCUCGACUCUCUCGCUCCGGCUCGAGGCGCGGGCGCAGAUUCUGGAGGCGUGAUGGACAGGAUCGUGUCCCAGCUGCUCACCGAGCUGGACGGCAUCCACAAGUCGGCCGACGUGUUCGUGAUUGGCGCCACCAACAGACCCGACCUGCUCGAGCCCGCCCUGCUUCGGCCAGGUCGCUUUGAUCGACUGCUGUAUCUGGGCGUGCCCGAGGACCACGCGCAGCAGCUCCACAUUGUGAAGGCCCUCACGCGCAAGUUCCGGCUGGCGCCGUCGGUCCGUCUCGAGGAGGUCGUCCAGGCCUGCCCGCUGAACCUCACCGGUGCCGACUUCUACGCUGUGUGCUCCGAGGCUCUACAAUCGGCCAUUCGAGAACGCAUCCUCCUGUCCUCUUCGGCUUCCACGGAGGCUUCGUCUUCUACCGGCACGUCCACGUCCACGUCAGCUUCGUCCUCUUUGCCAUCGCCUGGCGACGAGGUGACCACCACGGGGCCGGUGUCGGUCGAGCAGCGCCACUUCAUGGAGGCCCUUCGCUCGGUCACGCCAUCCGUGAGCCCCACGGAGCUGCUGCGAUACCGUGAGCUCCAGCAGACCUACGCGCAAGGCCGUCCUGCUCACUGA